AUGGACCUGUCCAAAAUCCUGGGGACGCAUCCCGUGGCCGAUGCUGAAGAAGAGGCGUUUGUCGUGUUCUCGCAAGAUAUCCCUUCUCAGUCACUCGGCUUCAUCGACUCGCAAGCAUCUACGCUCGAAGUAAGCGUUGCAGGCCAUGAUUUGGUCGUCCACCAGUCGCCAGGGUUGCUGAACUCGAAUCGCAAGGAGGGCACGACAGGAGCUGUCGUAUGGAAAAUAACCCCCCUCUUCGCAACCUGGCUCUCCUCCCCCACCUGCCCGCUCUCCACCCUCCUCACUCCCACCUCCACCAUCCUCGAACUCGGCGCCGGCGUCUCCGCCAUCGUCGCCCUCACCCUCGCCCCCAAAGUCUCCCGCUACACCGCCACAGACCAGGACUACGUGCUCAAAUUCCUCCGGCAAAACGUCGCUGAGAAUAUGCAUGUUAUGUUUCCAAAGGCUAGAGCGGGGAAGGGGAAGAAGUCUGUAGGAGGGGAAGAGAGGAUCAAGGUCGAAGCGCUGGAUUGGGAAAAGGACGACGUCAGGGAUAGACAGGCGGUGGAUGUGAUUGUUGCGUGCGAUUGCAUAUACAACGAGUCACUCAUCGAGCCGCUGAAUAGUACGUGCGCGGCGCUGUGUCGAUUGCGUGCGCGCGACGAGACGCCGACGGUGUGUUUGAUUGCGCAGCAGCUGCGGAGUCCGGACGUGUUUGAAGCGUGGCUGAAGAGUUUCCACGACAAGUUUGAGGUGUGGCAGGUUCCCGACGAUAUGUUGGGGCAGGAGUUGAAGGAGGGGAGUGGGUUUGUUGUUCAUGUUGGUAUUGUGCGGUGA